CAAAACCCAACACACUCACAUUAUCACAUUUAUUGGCAGCAAUCGGCGGCUCCACCUCUCCUCUUCUCCACUCCAUUUCUCUCCCCUUUUCUUUUCCAGAUCCAAAUCUACAGCAAUUUCACUCCCACCUUCACCUCUAACUAUGUAAAUUCCACCUCAACCAUGAAUUGAGCCUCAAAUUCACUCCACUAUGGGUCCGAAUCGGUUUCUCCCCGCCGCGAAAAGGGUUCCGAGAAGGGUCUGGUUAGGGUUCCAAAUGUCAAUCGUAUUACUGGUGGGUGGAAAUCACACCUCCUCCAGGUUUUUUUGGGAAAUUGGAUCUGAUUCUGAGAAAAUGGACUUGAAUCUCUUGAAAUGGCAACUGCUCCGUGGCCCGAUUGUGAGGCGUGUGUUGUUGAGGGCCUUUAUGCUUGUUUUAGCACUGAUUGUUAUCUCUAUGAUGCAAAUGGCCCGUGAGGUUCGAUUAAUCGAGCCCAAUUUGUCCAACAUAGACGAAUGCCCUUUGAAUGUGGGCCCGAACCCCGGUCUCAAUCGAACUAAUAUGCCGUCGGGUUUCACAUUUCCUGUGUUCGUGGCUCCUGCCGCAGCAGCUUGCGUAGAAAGUGAGAAUAUGGUUAGAGCUGUGUUUGAGGAGCUGAUGGGGAAGAAGCUCUUGCAGUCGAGUGCAAGAGCAUUGUGUGUUGGGGAGGGAUCUUCCUCGGCUGUCGUGGCGUUGCGUGGUCUGGGAUUGACCAGCGCCUUGGGUGUUGACAAGCACCCCUUUUUCUCCCUUUUCAAGAGGAGAUUCCUGUAUGAGCUCGGCUUUGAGGAUGACAGUUUCGACUUUGCAUUCUCGAGAGAUCUUGAUAGGGUCUCGGUCCCGGCUCUCCUAGUGCUGGAGAUCGAGCGUGUGCUGCGCCCGGGUGGGACCGGUGCUAUGCUCGUGGGAGGCUGGAGGAUUUACGCAGGCGGCCUGGUUAGGUCCGCUGCUACUGUUGCAUCGUUCUUGAAGAGCUCCGAUGUGGUCCAGUUAUGUGGUUUUGGUUCUUUCUCUGUGGUGGUGUUCAAGAAAAGGCUUGAAAAUUCUGCUUCUUUUGAGGAGUUUCGUCUCCCUGCUGAUUGUCCGUCGGUUGCAACGAACAAGCCCUUCAUGAAGUACAUCGAGCCCCUUAGAUCCGGGCUAUUCAAACCAGAGCUUUCGUACCUGCCAGACUUGAUGAACAUUUCCUCGAGGAACAAAUUGGUCUUCAUCAACAUUGGGGCGGGGGAGUUUGCAAAGAAGAGCAUUGCAAAAAUAUCUAAAAACUACAAGUCGAACUCCAACCACCUCGCACCUCUGCAGAAGUUCGUUGUGGAUCAUAAAACCUCGGUCCUAUCAUCUUACGUAACGGACCCAGGUACCAACUUCGUGUACUAUCCUGCUCUUGGCGGAGAUGCUGCUGCUACUGUCACAGAGUUGAGCUCGGACGAGCAUCUGGUUGCGCCCUUGCACGAUGAAGCCUUCGACUUCAUUAGCUGGUUCGAUGGAACAGUAGGCGCUGGAGACUUUGUAGUCCUCAUGAUGAAUGCCAAGUCUGUGGAGCUCAACAUCCUCGUGGACAUGUUUAAGAGUGGAGCAAUAUGUCGCGUUGAUGAAGUCUUCCUGCGCUGCGAAGACAGUGCAGAGUCUAAGACGAUGAUGAUGGGAAACUGCACCACCCUUUUUACAAGUCUGAGGAAGAGUGGUGUCUAUGCCCAUCAGUGGUUCGGAGAGUGACUGGUUUGUGUUUGUGUGUUGUUUGUGUUGUUGUUGAAUAAAGUGUGGAGAGAUGGCGGAUUGAGUAGAAAUCCACCUAUCUAAUGUAAUGUGUUGAAUGUGUAAUUCCCUCUUGUCGUUGCUGGAGGAGAUGCUAUAUGUUAUGUGUUGCUUUGUUUGCUUUGUGA